UUGUUCAGAAUGGUCUAACGAGAAUUAGAAUCCAUCUAAUUGGCAAGCUUGGCUGUGGGAAUUAUGAGAACUGAAAUUGAGUUCAUUGGCAAGACGCUAGCCUGGAGAAGGUAAAACAGGAACCAACCACACGACAGUUGACAAACUAAGUACCCAGUUACAAAGACCACGCAUUUAUGCUAAGCAUGGAGAAAUAUGUCCUUUUUCAAGAACUGUUUGAGUAAUCUGAAAAGUUACAUAUUGCACAAGAUUUUAGCGGAAAGUCUUGUCUGAGGAUUGCUUUUUUUUUUUUUUUUUUUGUCUUCGGGGAGGAAGGAUCAGCCAAAGGUGGUUGCGGUUUGGUUUGUUUCUGCUCCGGGACUAACUAUUCAGUGAGAGGCGGAAGGAUUGGGAAGGCUUCGACCCGGGGCGGAAGAAAAGGACCGAGACGAGCGUCCCCAAACCGGACCGCAAACUCUCAGCACCCAGGGCCCGUGCCAUGCAAACUCAGGGGGCGUGAGAGGUCCUUUUGCCCCACCCUUGUGGGCCGGGGAACGGAUCGGCCAUGGGGAGGGCGAAGAAAGACCCCGGCAGUGGCGUUAAGUCUUUCCCUUUGCUGCCGGAUGGGUGCCGGGAGCCCCGGCGGGGCUGGAACGAAUAGACUAUCGGCUUGAUCCAGCCUAAGGAGCCUUUCUCUCUGUUCGAUCAAACAGCCCGGACAGGUAGGUGGGUAAUAUUAAAGCCUAGCACCAAACUGGCAGAGAUGCUACAGGGAAGUCACUAUGUGAUGGGUACAACCAGGAUUGUCUCUUUUCUGUCCUAGCCGCUCAGCAUUCUUCCUGAAAACAUCUCAUUUCCUGAGGCACAGAUUGAGAGCACGAUGUUUUGUCACUGCAUGAUAUUUGUGCUUGGAACAGUGCUUGUGAGCAGAGAAACAUUCGCAAUUCGAAGCUGUUCAGUGGAAAACAUGAUAGCCUUCUAUAAUUUCUGCAAUCUCACUUGGGUGCCACCUGUACCUGAACAUGUUGUUAUUCUUUCCCUAAACUUUAAUUUCAUCCGAGAAGUUAAUGCAACCUCAUUCCCUCUGAGGGAGAAAUUAAAAAAAUUAUUCCUUGUGGGCCAAAAAUACUUUCCUUUAACUAUAGGGAAAGAUGCUUUUAGGAAUUUGCCAAACCUCCGACAACUGGAUUUGAAUGGCAACAAAAUGAUGGUGUUAGACCCUGAUGCUUUUGUGGGCUUGUUUAGAGUACGUGAACUUUUUCUAUAUGAAAAUGGGCUUGAUGAAUCCAUUCUGGAAGAGGAUUACCUCAGAGAUUUGAUUUCAUUGGAAUAUCUGAACCUCAGAUAUAAUACAAUCACUCGUGUUCGCCCUCACAAUAUAUUUUAUAAGAUGAAAUCCUUGGAUGUUCUAGAUUUGGGAUUCAACCCUAUUGAAUCUAUCUGUGAAGGGGAUCUUAAUAAUUUUCGAGGAGCAAGGUUCAAAUUGUUUAUUCUUUAUAAUACUAAACUGUAUAUACGUUCUAUGAAUUGGGCUACUUGUGGGAAUCCUUUAAAAAAUGUUAGCAUAGAAACACUGGAUGUUGGGAGUAAUGGCUGGGGUACAACUGUAACGCGGCAAUUCUGUGCAGCUAUUAGAGGAUCCCCACUUUUGGCUUUGAAGAUUUCCUCUCAUACUAUGGGUGCAUCAUUUGGAUUUAAUAAUCUUCCUGAUCCUGAUAUUAAUACAUUUGCAAGUCUUAAUGACAGUGGCCUCAUCUUGCUUGAUAUAUCAGAAGGCUGGAUUUUUUCUCUUAAACCACAAGUAUUUCAGCAUCUCCAUGAUUUGAAGCUGCUGAAUCUUAACAAUAAUAAAAUAAAUAAAAUUGAGACAGGAGCAUUUCUUGGUCUUCAGAAUCUGCAACAUCUAUACCUAUCAAACAAUCUGCUUGGUGAGCUCUUUAAGGACACUUUUGAAGGACUUCCUAAUUUGAUUGAUAUAGAUCUAAAACAUAAUCACAUUGGAGUGAUUGAUAGAGAUCCAUUCAGAUCCUUACCACGGCUUCAACACGUGGAUCUCCGGGAUAACGCUUUAAAAGUAAUCAAUUCUCUCCCAAAUCUCCUCAAUGUUAUGUUAGGUGGCAACCGGAUAGAGACUACACCAUAUUGGAAAAUACAAUUUAUAAAUGCCACACUCCUUAACUUAGAAGGAAACAAAUUGGGGAAUCUGGGUGAUCUCUAUGAACUUCUCCAAUUUCCAGCACUGCAGUAUCUUGUUUUAAAAAGCAAUCGUUUAUCCUAUUGCUUCAAAUACAAAGACAUAGCAAAAGACAAUCAGUUGCUUUACUUGGACCUUGGAGACAACAUGCUAAAGCUUAUAUGGGAGAGAGGUUUAUGUUUGGAUGUGUUCAAAGCCCUUUCCCGCUUGGAAGUUCUCCAUCUCAAUAACAAUUACCUUACUUUCAUCCCGGAGGGUAUAUUUAGUGAGCUAAUGUCACUUAAGACACUUAACUUGUCUAACAACCUAUUGACUUCCAUUUCUCAAGAUUCCUUUCCUACAAACUUGAAAGCUCUUAAUUUGUCAUCAAAUCAGCUAUUUUACCCUGAUCCUCAGAUCUUUGCAACAUUAGACCAGCUGGAUAUCACCCAUAACACAUUUUACUGUAACUGCCUAUUAAGCGACUUUAUUAUGUGGCUAAACCAAACCAAUGUUACUUUAGAUGGCUCACGCUAUGACAUAUUUUGUUCUGGACCGCCAGAAUUUGCUAAUAUUCCUCUCCAUGGCUUAAAUACAGAGAAUUGCAAUGAAGACAAGCUCAUGGAGCCUCUACAGCUAUCACUCUUCAUUUUUACUUGUGUUAGUAUAAUUGUGUUUCUAGUAGCAGUAGUUGUUUUUAUUCGUUUUAGGGGAGUUUGUUUCCUCUCGUAUAAAACACUCAUACAAUUCCUCAUGAAGGAGCUUCCACCAGAUCUGGAUCAACAAGGAUACAAAUAUGAUGCUUAUCUUUGCUAUAGCAGCAAAGACUUUGAAUGGGUCCAAAAUUCCUUGAUAAAGCAUCUAGAUACUCAAUAUUCUAAGAAGAACAGAUUUGCUCUCUGCUUUGAAGACAGAGACUUCCUGCCUGGGGAGGAUCAUAUCAGUAAUAUUCAUGAUGCUGUCUGGAAUUGCAAGAAGACAAUUUGUGUGGUCACAAGACAGUUUCUCAAGGAUGGCUGGUGUGUGGAAGCCUUUAAUUUUGCCCAGAGCAGGUAUCUCUCUGAUCUGGAGGAUAUACUUAUAAUGGUGGUAGCUGGAUCUCUUUCUCAAUAUCAGCUUAUGAAAUAUCAACCAAUCAGGAUCUUUUUGCAAAGAGGGCAGUACCUGAGAUGGCCAGAAGACCAUCAAGAUUUGGAGUGGUUUUUAAACACACUGUCUCAUCAAAUAAUGAAGGAAAAGAAAAUUAAGAAGCCCCCAGCACUAGAAUUGAAGGUUAUGACCGUUUCCUAAUAGGUGUGGUUCCUGGCCAUCAUGCAAGUCUGACUUUCCAGAGAAUUUGUCAGUUCAUUCUGAUAUCAUAGGUCGCCCUUCUUUCUGUCCAAUGAGCUAAGUGAAUCUGAUGCUGAUACUUCUCUGUUAUAUCUCUGGUGAACUCAUUUUUUUCAGUGUAAAAUGUCUGAUUACUUAUAGCGUUAAGUUGUGGAAGCACAGUUAUGGAUGAUUGGUAUGCUAUUUUGGAAGGCUCUUGCACAUGCAUAUCUGCUGAAAUAAAGGAAUGGUGCAGUUUAAUGCAACUAUAAAUGUUGCUGAUGUUGCUCAGCCCAAAAGGUGGGAUGGUGGGGGACAUUACAGUCUCUGCUUUGGUGGCUUCAGAUAAUAGAUCCGUGCAAACAUUCAGAAGAGCAGUGUUUUCCAAUCUUGACAACUUUAAGAAGUGUGGAAGUCCAACUCCCAGAAUUCUGGGAACUCCACACAUCUUAAAGUUGCUAAAGUUGAGAAACACUCUAAUGGAGACUUAGUUUUAUUAGGAGCUAGGAUUCAGACAUCCCCCCCACUCCAGUGUUUUGUAAAGUAUCUCUGUAUUUCUUUGUGCAUUGAGCAAUCAGCCUCUGCAGAUUUGUGCCAAAUUUGGUUCAAGAUAUUAACAUGCCUUCCUGUUUUGAGGGGCCAUCCUUUUUAGAUUUCCUGUUCAUGGAGUAGUUUGUUUAUAUUCAACUAAAAAAAAAAGUAAAACAACAGGGUUGCAGGAAUGCUUGGUAUACAAGGUGAGGUGCAGUUUAACUUGCAUUCUUAUCAUGAAAGAUUGCAGAGAGUGAUAACUGAAAUAUGGAAUGGCUAAACCUUUUCAAUGUACAUUUUUUCAGAUAAAUCUGUGUUUUGUUUUUGCAUACAUAUUUCUUCUCAAGAGCAAUGUUUUGAAAUCUGACUGAGCAGGUCACUCUCCAUCAAAAUGUGUUUGUUUUUUUUGGCUCAGUUAUUCAUUCCCUGUAAAUUAAGCACUUAACCAGGGAGGAUUGCAUCAUUGCAAGUUCUUCCCUUGUCUUCUGUGUGUUUUUGUCACGUGCCCAAGAUAUUCCAAUAUGGCGAUCUACAGAUGUUCUGAUGCAGACUUCCUUUAGCUGUCCAGAUUUGUUGGAUUGCAACUGCCAUAAUUCCAUCCAAAUUUGAGAAAUGUUCAAAGAAUUUCACUACUAUGAGGCAAGGCCUUCCAACAGUAUUUAUUUUGAAUGGAAUAGAAAGAAUGUAUAUAAUAAAAGUUUAAGAACAACUAUCUCAGUGGCUAAGCAAUUUAGUCCUUAGAGUGAAACCCAGUACUUCACCUUUCACAUAUUAUUCUUAUUCCUAUUUUCAUUUUAUACAUAAUAUUAAAGUGUUAAUAAAUAUUUUAAACAUAAUAUUUAAAAAACUAUUUUUGAGCCUCUUGAAUUUGUUUCAUAGUAUCUACCUCAGAACAGGUGUACAUGAGAAUUCCACUCAAUUUGUUUUUUUAUAAAAACUUACCCAAACAUUUUUUCCAAAAUUGAGAAAGAAAAUAUUAAAGAGGUUAAAUUUAGAACCUUAACACAGGAGACCAUAAUAAUGACAGAUUCAUCUAACAUUCAAACAAUAUUCAAAUUAAUUUCCUGUGAAGAGACCAGGUUAUUUUACAUGUGGCUGAAUUAAUUUAAAUAUGGAAUGUUUUACACAAAACAGCAUUCUUGUCUCCUGUUAAUACAAAGUGCAUGAUUAAUCAACUGAUAUCAGGAGUCAUUGUGCAUUUCCAACAUACAUUAUGGAUUAUAAUUGAUAUGUGAUUCACUGAUGUGGAUUUUCAUCUCAAAGAAACUCUUAAAUAUUUCUGUUAGCCUUGCUUUUUGGUCUACUUGUUAUGGGCGAUUAGAAGGCACAAGUUCAGUUAGUGGGCUGCCAAAAGAAUAGCUGAAAUAUGGUAAUGUGCCUCUUUUUUCUCUCUGAAAUGCAGAGGUUAAAUUGGCUGCUGAAAGAAGUACAGAAUAGUCCAGCUGAGAGAGCUGGAGAUGAGGGGAAAAUAAUAUUCAUUCCAUCAAGAAGCAAUUUGCUCCCUUUCUCACAUUAGAAGUGAUUCUCCUAAGCAACCUGCAUGGAAACCCAGUUAAUGGAAAGAGAGCAUCUGUUCCAACAAUGCCAGUUUACUCAACAUCCUUGCCAGACAUGUAGAACAGAGCUUUCUGUCUUAAUCCAGGGUAAGAGAACAUCCAUGUAGUGAUAGGAUAGAGAGGUCAAUACCUUUCUUCUCGCCUUGCUGGAUUUUUAAGUUGGAGAAGAACAAGCUAUAUGUAGCGUAGAAUGAGGGGAGCUGGCCCUUUGCUUUCUAGUAUGCUAGCUUACCUUUGUAAAAUUAGUUUCCUUUAAUAGAAACAAUCUGGGACCCAGGGCAUCUGAUGGGCACCAAGAGAAGUCCCCAAAAGUAGAUUGCCUCCCCCCCCCGAAAUGCCUCGUUGGGAACCUUGAAAAUACAAGCAUGGGUUAUGAUCAUAAAGCAACAGAAGUGUAACUGGACUACUCAAAUAUCUUACUAUGAUACUGGUAAUUUCUAAGUGGUGUUCUCCUGCUGUUCCUGUUUUUUUAAAAAAAUACGUGUCCAAAUUGGGAUAUCUCAAAAAAUCAAAGGAAUGAAAUGUCUACUUCUCUCUUCAAUAACUUUCUCAAAGUGUAAAGUGUUUUGGUUAAAAUAUUGUUUUUCAUUAUACCUAUUUAUGGGAUAUUUUGCAUUCUCACUUUUGUCAUAUUAUGACUUUAACUGGUAUUUUGCUAUGUAUUAUAUAAUGUGAUGUAUAUUUAUUUUGUAUAAUUGAAGGAUUAAAAACAAGCAAGGAUGUUAUUUCUAAAUGCUAAUGUAAAAAUAAACUUUACAAGAGAAAAGUUUA